UCCUCAACGUUCAAAAACCCUGUCUUCCUUGUCUUUAAUCCGCCAUGAGAUCCUCUUCUUCAUCAUCCGCUUCAUCGUUCUCGGCGAAGAGGAGGAAACCCAACCCUAAAACCUCGUUCCAGAGAUCUUCCUUUACUGAUUUCGGAAGCUACAUGGCGGAGAAGAAUCGCAAGCUUAGGUCUCAAUUUGAAGAGGAAGCUUCGAGUUCCUCAAUCUUGAACUGCGAGGCCUCGUCUUCUGGGAAAGGCAAGGGCAUCUUCCACGGCGUCUCUAUCUUUGUCGAUGGGCACACUGUUCCAUCCAGCCAGGAACUUAGGGUUUAUAUGCUGAGGCAUGGAGGGCGACUCGAGAACUACUUCUCAAGGUCACGUGUGAGCCAUAUCAUAUGUAGCAAUCUUCCUGAUAGCAAAAUGAGGAAUUUUAGGGCGUUCAGCCGAGGUUUGCCGGUCUUGAGACCAGCAUGGGUGGUGGAUUCUGUCGCUGCAAACAAACUUUUGAACUGGUCACCCUACCAAAUUGUUGAGCAAUCAAGUGAAAUAUAUAAACAGACGAAGUUGUCUGCUUUUCUUAGAUGCAAAAACAUCUCAAGUAUUAAAGAUGCUGAAGUCUCUUCUGAUCCCAAUGAUGAAGUGGAUCCGGAAUACUUGGAGAAAUCUGAGGGCACACCUUUACCACUAGAAAGUAAAGUUUUUGAUCAACCCAUCCAAGUAAAUGAUGAAUUUGGGCUUGAGAAAGGUGCACAGUUUACUACUUUGUUGGGUGAGGGAACUGAAGUAGAGGCAUCUAAUGCAACUUCAACUCAGCUUUCCAUUCACCUCAGCAGUCGAAUUGAUGAUGUAAGUGUUGAUGCCGUAAGUUCUGAAGAACCUACUAAUCCAAAAUGCCUACAAGCUUCUGAUGUCCAUCAUUCAACCCUUACCGAUCCAGAUUUUGUGGAAAACUACUUCAAGCAUUCAAGGCUGCACUUCAUUGGGACCUGGAGAAAUAGAUACCGUAGACGAUUUUGUAAUACACUUGAGCGAAAUUGUAGCAAGGAUAAUGCUAGUUCCAUUUCCACAAAUAAAUCUUACAUUAUCCACAUUGAUAUGGAUUGCUUUUUUGUUUCAGUUAUAUUAAGAAAGUAUCCUGAGCUGAUUGAUAAGCCAGUCGCUGUUUGCCAUUCAAACAAUUCUAAAGGAACAGCUGAAAUUUCUUCUGCUAAUUAUCCUGCUCGUGGCUAUGGCAUUAGAGCUGGUAUGUUUGUACGAGACGCUAAGAAUUGCUGCCCUAACCUUUUUGUCUUUCCUUAUGAUUUUAUUGCAUAUGAAGAGGUUGCUGAUCAGUUCCACAGUAUAUUGCACAAACAUUGUAACAAUGUUCAGGCAUUAAGCUGUGAUGAAGCUUUUCUUGAUAUUACAGAAUGUGAUUACGAUGACCCUGAGAACUUUGCAUCAAUGAUAAGGAAAGAAAUUGUGGAGACCACCCAAUGCACAGCAAGUGCUGGGAUUGCUGGAAAUUUGCUCAUUGCUCGCUUAGCUACAAAAAUUGCUAAACCAAAUGGCCAAUGUUUCAUUCCCCCUGAAAAAGUUGAACAUUUCUUAGACGAUCUUCCCAUCACGACACUUCCAGGUGUUGGGCAUGCUUUAGGAGAUAAACUGGAAAUUAGAAAAAUUCGCACUUGUCGCCAGCUACGCUUAGUUCCAAAGGAAGCUCUUCAUAAGGACUUUGGGGUAAAAGUUGGUGAUAUGCUUUGGAAAUACUGCAGAGGAAUUGAUGAUCGGAAAGUUGAAGUUCUAAAGGAAACAAAAUCUAUUGGUGCUGAGGUGAACUGGGGGGUUAGAUUUCGUAACACCAUGGAUUGUGAACAUUUUCUUGACAACCUUUCGAAGGAGGUAGCUUCCCGCCUUCGAGAAUGUGGUGUGGUUGCACGCACUGUCAAUCUUAAGGUAAAAAAGAGAAGAAAAGGUGCAAAAGAGCCUGCAAAAUUUAUGGGAUGUGGUGACUGUGAAAAUCUGAGUCGCUCUAUGACGCUUCCCGUUGCUACGGAUGAUGCAACCUUGAUACGAAGGAUAGCAAAGCAAAUUUUUUCUUCAUAUCACCUUGAUGCGAAGGAAGUUCGUGGUGUUGGUUUACAAAUGUCAAGACUUGAGACUCUGGAUGUGAAUAAGCAAGGUCAUAAGCAUAAUGUAAUUGAAUCCUGGCUUAUGAUACCUGCAAAGGUGGGUGAAGUGACUUUUAGGCCAGAAAGCCGGAGGGUUGUGGCAGAAUCAUUGUGUUCUAGUGAAGAAAAACUUCCAGGCAUGCAACGCCAUGGGCCGCUCCAUGAAAAUUCACAAUUGUAUUUUGAUAGGGCUGCUGCUGGGACAGAGACAUUGUAUAUAAAUUUAGUCGAUUCCAGAUCUUCUGAAAAUGCUGUUUCAAAACUGCCACCUGUUAGUCAUCUUGAUAUGAGUGUCAUUAAGGAUCUACCAGCUGAAAUAAUUUCAGAAAUGAAUGUUGCUUACAAUGGGAAGUUAUAUGAUCUUAUGAAAAAGCAUGACGAAGACCAGAAAAAUAAUGGGAUCCUGUUAAUCACACCUCCAAAGGUUAUUGGAGGAAAGAAACUUGAACCUGAUGCAACUAACACCUCAGGUAGAUCCUCAUGUGAGUUAAUUAAGCCAAAGAAAGCAGAGGCUUUUGAAAUGAUGCUUCAUCAAGUUGAGAAGCCAGAAGUUUCAUGCUCGAAUUUGAAUAUCUUGCAAAUGAAGUCAACCACGUGUACUGAUCCAUUGGAUUGGGCUUCUGGCCAUUCAAGUAAAGCUGUUUUACUUGCGCAAAAUAUUUCUGAUGAUACUAACUUGGAUAAAUCUGUUUCUAGACAAGGAGUUCUAUGUCAUUCAGCGAGUGUUGCUGGUGAUAGCCUUUGGAACAUUCCUAAGGAUAUAGAAUCUGGGGUGUCUGAGAAAUUUAAAAAUAAUCUAUGGUCAGGAAGUCCUCCGAAAUGGGUUGAGAAGUUUGAAGUUAGCAAUUAUUUGAUAUUAAAUCUCAUUGCGCAGUUGUACACUAAAUUUGGGGCAGUCGGCCUUCUUUCUCCUACUUUGCAAUCGCUAAUUUCUCUUUAUCCUUUCAUUUUGGGCUCAAACGGUGAUGAACCUGAUGAACCUCGUUUAUACUUGUGUGAGCUUCUAUUGCAGUACAUUAAUCAUAAGAUCGACUCAGAUAUUGAGGAACUCUACCUUUGUUGCCGCUUGCUUGAGAGGUUAACUGCGAUUUCAAAUUUUUUUUCAGAAGUAUACAGUGCUUUUCUUUCUCGGCUUCAGGUUUCUGUUAGUGAAAACUAUGGAGGAACUUUGCAGCUUACUGGGUGUGGAGAUUAGCUGCACAUGCAAAAGACAUAACAAGAUUUCUAUUGCAGUUUAUGUUUAUGCUGCUCUAUGAUACAUUAUUAAUGAAACUUAUUCACUUAAGUUCAUUACUCAUUAAUAUCUUCUAGAUUUUGUUGGCAAUUAUUUGGAGAAAGCUGUAGCUUUGCAGCGGUUGUUGGCUACUUACACAAAGGCCUAAUAAGGUGAUUGCUUCAAUUUAUAUCGUCCAAUUCGUUUCUUAUCUUUUCAAUAAUUGUUUGAGGGAUGAAAAUUUUGAAAACCAAUGGUUGAGCCUUGAAGAUUAAUUACCACAAAGGCUCAAAUUAAGUGCAUAAAUUCUUGUUGAAGAUUUGGUUUGAGCUUUUCAACAU